ACGGAUGGUGUUUCAUCAGCAGCAUCAUUAUCAGCUCCGCGGCAUUCUUCAUGUCGACCUGGUCAGACAUAUACCAAACACCAACUCACCACAACCCAAGAUCUUGGUUUUACGCUUUCCCCCCUGCCCCCCUUUUUUUUCAUUCCGCUCAGCAGAACAGGCUUAUCCAGUAUCAAAAGGAACGAAAAGUAUAUAUAUACUCCAGUAUACAUCUAACAAGGAAGGUUUUACGUAUUUGUUGUUGGUGGCACCCGGGGGAGUCUAGGGAUAUUUAAAAAACUCCCAGCUGCUCUGGGUUCUAUCAUAGAUGUUUCAGAACUCUGCUGAGUUUCGCAUUCUGAUGAUGUCUACAUCAAGGGCUUGGACAGUUGCAGCUUUCUUUUUUAUGUGGCUCUUUGGGUCUUCGUUACUUGUUGGAGCACAAAAUGGCAUUACGGACCCAAUUGAAGUCAGGGCAUUACAAGACAUCAAGCGCAGUUUGAUUGAUACCAAUAAGAAUUUGAGUAAUUGGAAUCGAGGAGACCCAUGCACAUCUAAUUGGACAGGAGUUUUGUGCUUCAAUACAACUCAGGAUGAUGGCUAUCUACAUGUUAGAGAACUGCAACUAUUGGAUAUGAAUCUUUCAGGAACUUUAUCGCCAGAACUUGGCCGAUUAUCUCGUCUAAAAAUAUUGGAUUUUAUGUGGAAUAGCUUAAGUGGAAGUAUACCAAAGGAGAUUGGCAAUAUUGCAUCCUUGGAACUCCUGCUCCUAAAUGGAAACCACUUGACAGGUCCUUUGCCUGAAGAACUUGGUUAUCUUCCAAAUCUAGACAGAAUACAAAUUGACGAGAACAACAUAUCUGGACCAAUACCUAGAUCAUUCGCGAACUUAAACAAAACAAAGCAUUUUCACAUGAACAACAAUUCAAUUAGUGGACAAAUUCCACCUGAACUCGCCAGUUUACCAUAUCUUGUUCACUUCCUUCUUGACAAUAACAAUUUAUCCGGGUAUCUUCCGCCAGAGUUAUCCAGAAUGCCGAAUUUGACUAUCCUUCAACUUGAUAACAACAACUUUGAUGGGACUACAAUUCCAGAUACUUAUGGCACCAUGUCUAAAUUGUUGAAGUUGAGCCUCAGGAACUGUCAUUUGCAAGGACCAAUCCCUGAUCUAAGCAGGAUACCCCACCUCGGUUAUUUAGAUCUUAGUUCAAAUCAGCUAAACGGGACCAUACCUACAAAUCAGCUUUCUCAGGAUAUCACAACCUUUGAUUUAUCCAACAAUGAACUUACUGGAAGCAUUCCUGCCAACUUUUCGGGCCUACCUAAUCUUCAGAUAUUGUCACUUGCCAAUAAUUCAUUGAAUGGUUCCAUUUCAUCCUUCCUUUGGCAGAACAAGACUUUGAAUGCAACAGAGAGUCUUACCCUGGAUCUUGAGAACAAUAUGCUAACUAAUAUUUCAGGCAGCAUUAACCUCCCUCCAAAUGUCACUCUCUGGCUCAAAGGGAACCCUGUGUGCGAAAAUGACGACUUAAGUUUAAACCAGCUGUGUGGAUCUCGAAGUCAGAAUGAUACUAGAAGUCCCUCCACAACAAACUCCACUACUGCUUGUCCCCCUCAAUCAUGUCCAUUUCCUUAUGAAUAUUCCCCUACAUCUAAUAUAUCUUGCUUUUGUGCUGCCCCUCUGCUUGUUGGAUAUCGGUUGAAGAGUCCUGGCCUUUCAGAUUUUCCUCCAUACAGAAUUAGAUUUGAGGAGUACCUUACCUCUGGUCUUCAAGUGGAUUUUCAUCAGCUAUAUAUUGAUUCGUUGGUAUGGGAAGAAGGACCUCGACUGAAAAUGUACCUGAAGCUCUAUCCUAUUUAUAAUGCCAGUGGCAACGAACGUAAUAUGUUUAGUAGAAGUGAGGUUUCGCGAAUAAGGAGCAUGUUCACUGGAUGGCUUAUUCCUGAUAGUGAUAUAUUUGGACCAUAUGAACUUCUCAACUUCACUUUACUGGACAUUUAUAGGGAAGUGCCGGUCACUACUUCAAAAUCUGGUAUAAGCACUGGUGCAGUGAUUGGCAUUGUACUGGGGGGCAUUGCUGUUGCAGUUACAUUAUCUGCGGUUGUUACACUCUUAAUCUUGAGAGUGGGUUUGAAGAACUAUCGUGUAGUUUCAAAACAACGCCGUACUUCUAAGGCUUCAAUGAAGAUAGAUGGUGUCAAGAGUUUUACUUAUGCAGAAUUGGCCAUGGCAACAAACAAUUUUAACAGCUCCACUCAAGUUGGCCAAGGUGGUUAUGGGAAGGUUUAUAGAGGAAAUAUGGCUGAUGGCAUGGUAGUAGCCAUAAAACGUGCUCAAGAGGGAUCAUUACAGGGUGAGAAGGAGUUCCUUACUGAAAUUCAAUUAUUGUCAAGAUUACACCAUCGGAACCUUGUGUCUUUGAUUGGAUAUUGUGAUGAAGAAGGCGAGCAGAUGCUGGUAUACGAGUUUAUGUCAAAUGGCACUCUGAGGGAUCAUCUUUCUGCUAAGUCUAAAGAACCUCUGAGUUUUGCGAUGAGAUUAAGAGUUUCCCUUGGUUCAGCCAAGGGAAUCCUCUACCUACACACAGAAGCUGAUCCCCCCAUAUUCCACCGAGAUAUCAAGGCUAGCAACAUACUAUUGGACUCAAAGUUUACUGCAAAGGUAGCUGAUUUUGGACUAUCGAGACUUGCCCCAGUUCCAGAUGUCGAAGGGGCAAUGCCUACUCAUGUGUCUACAGUUGUAAAGGGGACUCCAGGUUACCUCGACCCUGAGUAUUUCCUAACACAUAAGUUGACAGACAAGAGUGACGUAUAUAGCCUAGGUGUUGUAUUUCUAGAGCUUUUGACUGGGAUGCAACCGAUCUCACAUGGCAAAAACAUUGUUCGAGAGGUUAAUGUUGCAUAUCAUUCUGGUAUGAUCUUCUCGGUUGUUGAUGGGAGAAUGGGUUCUUAUCCUUCUGAAUGUGUGGAGAAGUUUGUGACAUUGGCCCUGAAAUGCUGCCAAGAUGAGACAGAUCCUAGACCUUCGAUGGCAGAUGUGGUUCGUGAACUUGAAAAUAUAUGGCUGAUGAUGCCAGAGUCUGAAAUUGGAGUUCCAGAAUCCAUUGACACUGUACCUGAAAAGAUGACUCCACCUUCCUCAUCUUCAAUGGUGAAGAACCCCUAUGUGUCAUCCGAUGUCUCUGGAAGUGACCUUGUUAGUGGAGUCAUUCCCACCAUCACACCUAGAUGAAACAAGAUGGAGAUGGAGGCUAUCUUCUUGUGAAUUUUGGACCAUCUGCUUUCUUGGUCCCUGAUAUUUACAGAAUGUUCUUCACGUAGCCUUGUUUUUGUACAACAUAGAAGUAGUUGGGUAACAUAGUUUGUUAUUUGGUGUCCUACGCUAAGCACACCAACAUUUGAUUCUACAAUUAUCCAAGCAAUAUAUUUUUUUUUUUUUAUAAUUGAAA